AUGUCUGCGUCUCACUCCCCAGCAGAAGCAAGAGAGACUCACCCGGGGCUUAUGUCUCUACUGUGGGAGGGCUGGACACUUAGUCGGAAAAUGCCCGCUAAAAGCCAGGGCCCAUCAGUAACCAGGGGGAUCCUGGUGGGCACAUCUCCUCUUAAUUUCCCCCACUCUUACCGCACACUACUUCCCGUGGGUGUCCAGUUCGGAGGUUCUACUCACUCCUGUUCGGCCCUGGUGGAUUCUGGGGCUGGUGGUAGUUUCAUGGACAUGGCACUGGCCAAGCAGUGGGGAAUUCCUGCCAUUCCCCUCUCUACUCCUAUCUCUGUUCGGUCUCUUGAUGAUUCCCCUAUCACCACCAUCACUCACCUCACCCCUCCUGUGGAUGAUGCUGAUCUGUCCGGGGUGCCGGAGGAGUACUGCGAUCUGCGGCAGGUCUUCAGCAAGUCCCGGGCUGUGUCCCUGCCUCCUCACCGGCCUUAUGAUUGUGCCAUCAACCUCCUCCCAGGCACUUCUCCGCCCAGGGGUCGGUUAUAUUCCCUGUCUGGUCCAGAAAGAGAGGCUAUGGACAAAUAUAUUCGUACACACCCAACACGUGCGCCAGGUGCUACAACGGCUGCUGGAGAACCAGCUAUAUGUUAAAGCGGAGAAGUGCGUUUUCCACUCCAAGUCAGUUCCCUUCCUGGGCUAUAUCAUUUCAGCGGAGGGAAUCAAAGC